AUGGCAAUACGCGCAGGAAAAGUCGACCCCCAGGAUGCUCGCCGUGUCAAGCACUCCCGCAUCGGUAUAUGGGACCUCUAUGAGGAACGCCAAACACAUUCAAGUUUGCUCCGCAUACCGGGCUCAUCAAUAGUAGAAACAUGUGCCCAGAUGGUCCAGAACACGCCCUAUGUAGUGCGCAUGUUAAAGGAUGUACUCAGCAUCAGACGAGUCCAGAUACUUCUUCCCAUAUUCUUGGUAAUGGAAGUCUCAGACUCUCUUAUACCCGCCGUUUCUCUAUGGUACGUCACAAAGCUGGUACCUACCGCAAUAGAGACCCAUACUAUGGACCCGACAGUCCUCAUUCACGCUGCAGUUGGACACCUUGCAUGCAAAGUUGCAGCAUGCCUUCUCCAAUACGCCCAAAGUCUCGUAGUCCUUCCCAUGGAUAGGUCUAUGAAACAAUUCUAUGCUGGGCACAUGUUCCAUUCUACGGCUCGCCUUGAUUUUCCCACCAUAGGAGACCCUGCCGUCCAGAAGCAGCUCAGCUCCGUAAUGCCUAGUUGGCGCCAUAGCGUAGCCUGGCAAACCAUCGAGAUAUCAACGGGCAUCAUAAUGACACUUAUUAGGAUGCUCUCCCAACUAUUGGUUCUGUUUACAGUCCUGCAGGAGCAACAGGAUGGCCUCUUUCUCGUUAUUCUCGGCUGCUUGCGAUCUAUAAUUCUUUGGUAUACAGAACCAAACAUGUCAAGCUCCUCGGAUGUAGUUUGGAUUGCGACCACUACUGAUCGAGAUUACAUGCGGAUGCAAGGCCUAGAACAACUCGUCGAUGACAUUUCACACCGCAAGGAACUUGUCGCAGGCAACCUCAGCGAAUAUACCACUGCACAAUUUCGCAAAUCCGCUCAACGCGUCGGCGACGAUGCGGGUGACUUCCGGGGAAUACAUUCUGUCAAGAAACAUCUGAGUGUCGUUUCCAUAUUCCGUGGACUAAUGCACGAGCUGCCCCAGAUCAUCUUCACCCUGUGGGUCGUCCAAAAGCCAAAGACAAUCCUACUCUCCUUGGCGUCAUUCAUACUAAUCGAAGACACUUCUCGUUCGUUUAUGUCCACCCAAUUGGUGUCGAUUAAGCAGUCCUCUCUUGCGAAGCAGUUUGCCAACGUACGCAAGCUAUAUGAGAUUGAGAAUGUGGAGAACAAAGUGGUGGAUGGCAUAGAAUCGUUCCCCGAGAAUCAGCAGUCUCUCAGGAGUGGUGUUUCUGUUGAGUUUAGGAAUGUAUCGUUCCAGUACCCUGGGGCAGAGAGGUGUGCCCUCCGAAAUGUAUCAUUCAAGAUCGGAGCUGGUCAUCUUUGUGUCAUCGUCGGAACAAACGGCUCUGGAAAGAGCACGAUCUUAAAACUUGUCUCCCGCAUCUACGACCCAACAGAAGGCACUAUCCUCAUCGACAAUCGAGACAUCAAAACUCUCAGAUUGGCCGACCUCCGUGCUGCCAUGUCUAUCCUCUUCCAAGACUACACACAUUUUCCCCUCUCCAUACAUGAGAAUAUCGGACUUGGCAACCCCGCUCUGGCACAUGACGACGAUAAGAUUCGUGAAGCUGCACGUCUCGGCGGCGCAGAAGAUUUCAUCGACGAGCUUCCUGACGGAUUCAACGCGUAUGUCAGACGCCCCGCAGGAGACAUCUACCCAGAUUUCCCGUGGACGCCCUCGGGGCAGCCCAUUGACUUCUCUCUUGUGCGUAGCGUUGGGGGUAUCCAUGUCCCCCGGGAUUUGAGCCUUAGCGGCGGGCAGAUGCAGCGGCUUGCAGUCUCUCGCACAUUCAUGCGCUCGUUGGCCACUGAGACAGAGUCUUCCGUUGGGAUGCUGUUAUUCGAUGAGCCAAGCGCCUCCCUGGACCCCACGGCCGAACACGCAGAUCUCUUCGAGCGUCUGCGGAAGUUGAGAGGCAAUAAAACCAUGAUAUUCUCCACUCACCGGUUCGGGAACCUUACUCGACAUGCAGAUCUCAUUUUGUACAUGGACGAAUCCGUCCAGGAACAAGGCACGCACGAUGAACUGAUGAAAAAAGGGGGAGAGUAUGCUCGUAUCUGGAAUCUACAAGCGAAACCUUUCCUUUAA